AUGGCUAAUGGAAACGACGAAAAUCUUACGAAAAAAUCACCGCGAGCGAUAAGAAAACAAUUACUUAUGUUGGAGACUCCUCCAGAAGAAACAUUCGACCCGAAUAACAUAAGAAUCAAUGCAGAAUUAGAACUCGGAGCACACAAUCAAGACACAGUUAAUACAAUAUAUCAUCGACCAAAGGAUGAUUCUCUUUGGCAAGAAAUUUCCGAGCAAGGGGAAGAACUAACAAACCAAUUAGGAAAGGAAUUCGACCAAGUUAUUCAGUCAAACCAAGAAGAACUUGAUAAUGUAGCCACACAUUGGAGAUUAAUAACC